CCGGACUACCCCAGUGUUCCUGGUUCCAGAUACUCUUUGUACUCAACCUUUCCCACACAUCGAGAAGUUACGCUUUUGGUUUCAAAGCCAAAUUGGAUCAAAGUUUGGUUAAACUGCCAAAUUUUGGAACUGCUUCAAAACAGCAAACCUAGGGACUAAGAAGUACUCCGUUCAGCAUUCAUUAAUCGAACCUGUUAAAUGAUUACCUCAGGGCUGCUUUGUUGACAACUCUGCAUGAUGGCAGUGUCAGUGGCACUGUCCCAGGACACAUCCAGUGGUGACGUAAAGGCCAAGCCUCCUCACCUCACCUAGUGGGAUGGACGCUACCACAAAGAAUAUUUAAAGAAGGAAGAUGUUUCCUUGGAAAUCAGCUAUCGCAAGAGUGCUCCAAAGCAAGUGAAACAGGAUCACCUGAAAGGGACAGCGGAAUCCUUUCUGACAUCCAGCUCAAUCUUAUAAAGACAAUUGUGACCAGUAUUUCAAAGCCAUCAGCAAGAUCCACUACAGGUUCAAUAAUGCCCCCACAGUUGAAAGCAGAUGUAAAUGUCAUGCCCAAGGUUGUCCAGGGGGAUUUGCAGAGCCUGCCUGCAGAAGCAAGGGAUUUCAUUGAAAAUAAUGCCAAGCUGUGCCAACCUGACAGCAUUCAUAUCUGCGAUGGCUCGGAAGAAGAAAACAAAAAAAUUCUGGAUAUCAUGGUAGAACAAGGCAUGAUCAAGAAGCUGAGCAAGUAUGAGAAUUGCUGGUUGGCUCUCACUGAUCCAAGAGACGUGGCAAGAAUUGAGAGCAAAACUGUCAUCAUCACUCAAGAACAGAGAGAUACCACUCCAGUCCCUAAAACUGGAACUAGCCAGCUGGGUCGCUGGAUGUCUGAAGAAGAUUUUGAGAAAGCCUUCAAUACCAGGUUCCCAGGCUGCAUGCAAGGACGUACAAUGUAUGUCAUCCCCUUCAGCAUGGGGCCUAUUGGGUCUCCUUUGUCCAAGAUUGGGAUUGAGCUGACAGAUUCACCGUAUGUAGUGGCCAGUAUGAGGAUCAUGACUCGGAUGGGAACAGCUGUUUUGAAAGCCCUGAGCAACGGGGAAUUUGUAAAAUGCCUUCACUCGGUUGGAUGUCCUCUGCCGCUAAAAGAACCAUUAAUCAACAACUGGCCGUGCAACCCGGAGCUAACAUUGAUUGCCCAUCUCCCGGAUCGCAGAGAGAUCGUUUCAUUUGGCAGCGGUUACGGAGGAAACUCCUUACUGGGGAAAAAAUGCUUUGCUCUCAGAAUUGCCAGCAGAAUUGCCAAAGAGGAAGGCUGGCUAGCUGAGCACAUGCUGAUCCUGGGCAUUACCAAUCCAGAAGGUGAAAAGAAGUAUUUUGCUGCAGCAUUCCCUAGUGCGUGUGGAAAAACUAACUUGGCCAUGAUGAACCCAAGCCUGCCAGGAUGGAAAAUUGAGUGUGUGGGUGAUGAUAUUGCCUGGAUGAAAUUUGAUGAACAAGGCAACUUAAGGGCUAUCAACCCAGAAAAUGGCUUUUUCGGUGUCGCCCCUGGAACCUCAGUCAAAACAAACCCCAAUGCUAUCAAAACCAUAUUCAAGAACACCAUCUUUACCAAUGUGGCAGAAACCAGUGAUGGAGGCGUCUAUUGGGAAGGCAUGGAUGAGCCAUUACCACCAGGAGUAACACUGACUUCAUGGAAGAACAAAGAUUGGACCCCAGAUAACGGGGAACCCUGUGCUCACCCCAACUCACGAUUCUGCACUCCAGCCAGCCAGUGCCCCAUCCUGGACCCUGCAUGGGAAUCACCCGAAGGCGUGCCCAUUGAAGGGAUAAUAUUUGGAGGCCGCAGACCUGCUGGUGUGCCUCUUGUAUAUGAGGCCUUUAACUGGCAGCAUGGAGUAUUUAUAGGAGCAGCUAUGAGAUCUGAAGCAACAGCCGCUGCUGAGCACAAAGGCAAAAUCAUUAUGCACGAUCCAUUUGCCAUGAGACCGUUCUUUGGCUACAACUUUGGCAAAUACUUGGCCCACUGGCUCAGCAUGGCACAUCGUCCAGCUGCAAAACUACCAAGGAUCUUUCAUGUUAACUGGUUCCGGAAAGACAGCCAAGGGAAAUUUUUGUGGCCUGGCUAUGGAGAGAAUUCCCGUGUGCUAGAGUGGAUGUUCAACAGAAUUGAAGGGAAAGCCUCUGCCAAACCAACUGCCAUAGGUUACAUCCCUGCUGAUGCUGCUUUGAACCUGAAGGGUUUAGAAGAUGUCAAGUUGACCGAACUGUUUGAUAUCUCCAAAGAGUUCUGGGAAAAGGAAGUAGAAGAAAUCAAACAAUACUUUGAAGUGCAAGUUAAUGCUGACCUUCCCUAUGAAAUAGAAAGAGAAAUGCUUGCCUUAGAGAUGAGGAUAAAACAGUUGUAGCUGAUCAAGCCCACAAUUAUUUAUCAAUCCACACUUACUAAGACAGGACAAACACUUUACUAAAUCACCACUGGAAGCAUAACAGCAGACUGAUGGGCAGGCAGUUAUAAUGAAAAGUAGGUCUUAGUUUAGUUAAAAUAUAGGUAGGGGCAUUCUAGAAUUAACUCCAGACCUAAUGAUUUAUAACUACAUCAGUUGUGAAAAGGUGAGCAGCUGUGGGAACGGAUGUGCACAUGGUCUUCGAAACCCUGAUCUGUCACUUACGUGCACACGUAGCCAUGAUGUGUGUAAAUUACUUGCCUAGUUCUGCAUAUAUGAUCCAAGGCAAUCCAGCCUUUGAGGUGUAGCACAUUGUUUCUAUCAGAAAAACCACUAGUGUCUCAGACUCUACAGGAAAGAAGCAGCUUAGAUGCUGUAUAUAGGUAUUACCUAAACAUAUUUCAUGGCUUAAAUAUUUUUUAGAAAAAUGAAGUUGUAACUUUUAUCAGAGUGAAAGGUGACUUUGUGUUACUAAUGCGUAUUUAAGAUAUUGCUAUUAUAUAUGCCUUGUGUUCCUGUGAUUUCCAGAUGUUUUCAAUGGCUUGUUCUUUAAACUGUUGAAAUAAAUGUUUAUAUAAAAUACGACCUCA